CUGGAGCUGAGCGGGGCCUGGGAGUGAGCAGUGGCUGGAGUUCGGUCAGUGUCGGCUGUGGGGCUGGAGGAGGCGACCGUGCGAGGUCCACAGCAGCUUGGAGCCUGGUUACUGUCAUUAACGGGAGGGAGAGGUAGCAAGUGGGGGGGGAGAAACACAAGGAGAAUCCGGAUGGUGUAUGUGUGAGAGAGAGAGAGGGGCACAGGAAGAGCCCAUAAGGUGGGUGGGAGGCAGAGGAAGAGACCAAAAGCGAGAGAGGGGGGAGGGUGUUGAAGGCACAUGAAGAGACCAUAAGGGGGAGGAGAGGGGUGGUGUUGGAGGCACAGGAAGAGCCCAUAAGAGAGGGUGUUGGAGGCACAGGAAGAGCCCAUAAGAGAGGGGGCAGUGAAAGGCACAGGAAGAGUCCAAGGAGGGGGGAGGGGGUGUUGUGGGUUUUUGGAGAGUGAGGUAUAGGAAGAUCCAAAGGGGGCUGAGGCAUGGGAAGAACUCAGGCAAGGUGGUGAGGUAACUUUCGGGCUGCCACGGUAUAUGGGUACACACACAGAGGCUCAGGAGCUGAGGGAAAAACCCAAGUGUACACAAGGAGGUGAAGCACAGGGGGAGAGACACAGACAAAGCAAAGCCAAGGAUCUCAUGGACUGAUGGUGGAUCCAACCUGGAAAUCUGACAUCAACUAAUGGGAUGGUCUGAAGACUUGAGAAGGCUGCAACAACUGACACACAGCUCCUGCAACACACAAUAUUGUUGCAACAGCAAGUUGGAUCUCACUGAGGGAUUAUAAAUAUUUUGCCAGAAUGACUAAACUUCAGGGAACGAAAUACUGGUUUCAGUCUUAAAAGUGUUAGAACUGCAAGAGGAACGUGUCCUUGAAGGAUAUUACGUACUGCUGUUCUCGAUUGGAGUUAUAAAUUAUGUAUUUUAGUUCCUGAGAAUGGUCAUGAUGAAAUUUUGCAACCUACAGCUAUCAUUUAUACUUGAUUAAAUUGUACUGAACCAUGAAGACACUUGAUGCUACAGCUCACACAUCUUAAUAUGACUAUAAGGUGCCUGGGAUGUGAACUAAGGUUGAGGUAUACUUCUUCCUGAGAUUUGACCACGUUUCAGGCCAUACGUCUUGUCAAAUUGAAAAUGAGCUGUGUCCCCUGGAAAGGAGAUAAGUUAAAACUGGACUCUGAUGCUCAGGCAUCUGCUCUGAUUUACCAUGAAAAGCAGAGGAGAGAGCUGUGUGCACUUCACGCCCUCAACAAUGUCUUCCAGGAUGGAAGAGCAUUCACUAGAGACACCCUCCAGGAGAUUUUUCAGAGGUUAUCCCCCAAUACCAUGGUAACGCCACAUAAAAAGAGCAUGCUGGGAACAGGAAACUAUGAUGUUAAUGUAAUAAUGGCUGCUCUACAAACUAAAGGUUACGAAGCUGUUUGGUGGGACAAACGAAGAGAUGUUAAUACUAUUGCUCUUUCGAAUGUGAUGGGCUUUAUUAUGAACAUCCCCUCCAGCUUAUGUUGGGGUCCCGUGAAGCUUCCUCUUAAAAGGCAACACUGGAUUGGCGUCCGAGAGGUUGCUGGAAUCUACUACAAUCUGGACUCGAAGCUGAAGCUGCCAGAUCCGAUCGGCAAUGAGAAUGAACUCAGAAAAUUUCUGAAACACCAGCUGAGGGGGAAGAACUGUGAGCUCCUAUUGGUUGUGAGUGAAGAGGUCGAAGUUCAUCAGAGCUGGAGGACAGAUGGCUGACUUGGGGAAAAAUCCCAGUGUAAACUACGCCUUGCAGUCACUACAGCUCCCUGCUCAAGGGAUGAAGCAAAACGCAUAAACACCACAACUCUUGGUCUUUCUCGAUGGAAGAGGAAUUUCCUUUUAGCUCUGCAUAUCUUUAAAAGACUUGGUGACUUAAGUAUUUGAAAUGGAAGUUGGUGCUUUUUUUAAACAAAAAUGAAUUACUCAAAGCAGAAAUUCUGAGGGACGAAUAGUUUUUAUUUCGUUGUUUAGUGAAUUUAAAAAAAAAUGUAAAUUGUAUAAAUAUUAAAAUUGGGGGAAGAUUAUUGGAAUAAUUGGCCAGGUAAGGCUCAGGUCAAGACUAAAUUAAAUAAGAAUUUCAGGCAGCAAACACAUCUCAGCACCAAGGCCCAAGUAAAUCUCUUGAUCUAAAAGUUACAGUAAAAUGCUGGAAAUAUUCAGGUCCUCAGGCAACAAGAAAACUGGAGCUAUCUUUUUAAGUCAGUGACUUUUCAUUCUGGAAAGCUGUUGCUUGGUUUCGAAUUACUAAACGUCAGCUUGCCCCAACACUCCUUCCCUAGUCAGCACUCGUUUUGCCAGUGAUUUUGUUUUCUUAAAUUAAGAGAUUCUCACUUUUUCUCACUAACAUAUUGGAAAUGAAGAAGACAUUUGUUUGGGGCUUGUGUUGCUAAUGAUGAAGACAUUGGGGAGAAGUCUGUGCUGCACAAUGCAAUCUUUUUUAAAAAAAAUUUGGAAAUUGAUCCCUUUGCUGUCUACACACAGGAGCCCAUGUGAUUCAAAAGUGAUAAAUCAAGUUUUAAAAUUAAAUAUUUUGGCUACCAGCUUCUUAAAAUGGAUACCAAGAGUUUAAAAGUGGUAAGCACAUUGACAAUCUGGUUAAAGGUAGAGAGUAUUGUUAAACCCAUUCAAAUCUUGUAGGUAUUAGUUUUCCAGUAUAUGUUGUAACUUGACAAGUUUGUACGACCUGUUAGUGCCAAUGAAAAUGUCUGUGUAAUUCAGAAUCCCUUUAGUACCCUCCUUCAGUGAUGUCAAGGCAGUAACAUAACUGACUAGGGAAGGGUGGCUGGUGGUUUGCCAGCUGUGUACACCCUUGCCCAGUAUUAGUUUGUGAAGAUCUCAGUGGGAACAAAAGCAGCUGGGUGGGGUGUGAAACCUGCAACAGUCUGAUCCUUUUCCCCCAGACUGGGUGGGGAGCUGAUUUGUAAUUCCACUCCCUCACCCCAAAAUGUCAGAAAAGAUUUGUCUGAUUGAUCCGUCAGAAAUUGGAACCGUACCAAGUCAAUAAAUAACUAAUGAACAAUGUGGACCAGUGAAGGGAAGAGACAGCACAAAGUGCUGGACAAGCUGGCAGUCAUUAGGCACCUUAAUAAUUGUCUGGACAAUCUAUCGGGGAAAGAGAAAAGAGCAGGGAGAUUCCAAAUUCCCCAAAUUAUGGAAUUUGUUGCUAUAUUUUACAAAACUUAAGUUAUCGAAAUGAAGUCUUUUUUUUUGUUCAGAUAACCCGCCACUGUUCCAGGAACUGGAGGUGCACUCGCAGUUGAAUAGAUCUUGUUUGUUCUCAGAGUUUGGGGAUAGAUCUGAUACCCCAAACACAGUUGUUUGCCUUGACCUACAUCUCUGAGAGAGACGCUCAAUACCAACACAUUUCGUAGUUUCACUGAUGGUAUUGGGUCUUGCUGUAAGGUCGGAUGUUGAGUGGGAGGUAGCAUCAUCCCAAUAGAAUCAUCCUUUUCAUAAUCACUGUUCCUGAUUUUGACUGCUCCCAGAGAGAUUCCACUCCUGGUCAGCAGUGGAUCCCUGUGGAUUUAGAUCUGCUGCCUUGGCUCAACUUUAUAUUAAAGGCACUGUUUAAAUGAAUGACUUGUUGACACUGCUUGAGUGGGAUUUCACCGGGACCCUUGAGACAAUAGCAAUGUGACUCGGACAGGCUGGAAUCUUAAAUCCAGCAACACGGGCAAACUGAUAAAGUGCCAGUUCCUUUGAUUAAAGAAAUGAGAAGAUGGUGAGAAGUGUCCAUCUCAUUCACUGGAUUGUGGUCAGAUUGAUCUCGGGAAUUGUAGUUCUGUGACAAGCAUCUAAGAAUUGGUCAUUUCCUUAUUGCUGACCAGUCGCUGAGACUCAAACACUUGUCACCACCUGAGAAAUGUUAAUAGUCUAUAUCUUAAAAUGUGUGCCCAAACAGAGGGUAGGGAUGUGGAUCUUAAUAAAGGAAAGAAUAGCAUUCAUUUCCAAAGCAACUUUCACAACCUCAGGAUACUCCAAAGUGCUUUUGAAGUGUUAACACUUGUCAUGGAAGAAUGGGCUUUAUAAACACAAUGGCCUCAUAUGGCCCAUCCUGACUGCUGCCUGGAAAAAGGGAGUGUGUCGGAUUUAAGUUGUCUGGAAACUGAAAUGAUUUUGAAUUUUGUGAUUGCACUUCCAAGAAAAAAAGGAUGAGAAAAUGCAUCUCAUUUCAGCCAAGUUUAUCUCCUUGGUACAACUAUUCAAAUGGUGGGAUUGCUAGUGAUGAGCUUGGUUUGACCUUGAGUUCAGUAGUAGUUACCUAGGGAGUUACAGGUGGGUGAUCUCAAAGCGCAGGCUUGUAAGUUGGUAAAGCAGUCUGUUGGAUGUAUUUUUCUGGUCCAGGUAAUACUUUGAGAUUCCCCUGAAGCUGCUGCAAGGAUUUUUGUUUUCACAGGUUUGUAGUGAGUUGGAGGAUUGCAGAGUAACCGGCGUCUUGCCUCCGGGCCUGGCCCUCCUCAUGGUUUUAAACCUUGAAAAUAUAAUCAUUCAGACUCAAGUCUGGCAACCACUUCAAAGAUGGGGUGUUGGGGUGGGGGGGGAGAAACAAGCAGGCCAUGGUGGGAAAGCAACACCAUGUAUACUGGGACCAAAGGGGAAACAUUGAGGAACUAUCCAGUCCCAUCAGAUGUAGUGCCCAGUUUAAUUGUAUGGUAACAAUCAAAUGCCUAGUUGACAUUUGCAAAAGAAAUGAUGGAAACAAAUUGCGAGUCUGUUGACUGGCUUUCUGCACCUGCAGGAUAAAGGAGGGGUAAGACACAGGCUCAGUCCAGUUGCAUCCACAGAGAACACACUGGAAAUUCCAGGUGGGGGGUUGACAUUGCAUCAGCAUUUUCCAACAACCAUCAGGUUCAAACUUCUAAAAGCUGGGUCUGGAAAUCUGAAGAAUGUCUCUUUUGAGAAUCUGAAUCUGACCGGGGAGCCUGGUCUUGUUACCAAAGAUGAAUGACUAAGGGAAAUGUGCAGCUGGAGGCUUUUCUCAUUCCAAAGUUUUGUGACGUAGAUGGAAAGUUUUCUUACACUUGACCAGAGUAUUAUAACAUCCUAAAGCCGCUGGGAUAGCAAUGAAUGAUCAGAUUUGCACAGGAGGUAGGAAUUUCCAUAAGUUUACCCUUUGCUUUUACAUGGAAACCAAGCUUUGAAGACAGUAUUUGUAGGUUGUGGGAGUUUUGGAUGUGCUAUUGAAGUCUCAAGACGGAAGUGGUAUUUGCAGGUUUUGGCUUCUGGAGAUGGUAUUUGUGGGUUUUGGGUCCUGGAGGUGGUAUUUGUAGGUUGUGGAAACUAUUAAGUAAAGAAAACGCAAUAAUGCAAAGUAGGUUGCACUUGGCCUGAUGAAGAGAAAUGCCCAUAAACCUCUUGCGGCUCAAGUUGUAGGUAUACUGCAGCAUUUCUGCAACUUCCAUCUGUUUCUCUGAUACAGGUCAGCAGCAUUAACUAGAAGGAAAGUCUUUCUGCCAACAUAGUGUCCAAUUAAGGGGUUGGAUUAGUUCUGGCCAUCCUUUUUUAGAUGAAGUUAUUGAGUUCAUAUGUUCAGAGAAUUGGUCAAAGUUUGUUACAUUUGCAAUCUUCCCCCAAUCCAAUGUUGCUACUUUUUUCCAGUAAUCAGAUUUGAAGCAAGGAACACUGACCCUGUUUGUAGAUGACCAACAGGGGCUCUGCAAACGUGUGUAUCUCUACUGCCUCUGCUGCACUUUAAAGAUUAUAACUUUGUUGCUUAGUUAUCACAGAAACCUGGCAUGAUUGCAGGCAAAAAGGAAAUCAGUUGUAUUUUUACAUUAUUGACAUCUGGUCGCUAUUAGUUAUCCCUUCAGUUUGGGAGAGGGAUGAACAGUGCAAUGCUGUAUAAUAAACACUAUAUGUUCGGGUAAUUGUGUCAGGGUCAUUUUUGUUACAAUUCCUCAGGUCCCAGAAAUGGAGUUUCUGCCUGCCAGCCUUGUGACCCUUUCUUCAGCCUAUUUUGUGUUGUGUCUGUGAAUGGAAAACAAAACCCAUACUGUUUGAAUAAAAUCUUCCAUUAAUUUGUUUAAAUAUGAAACUAAUAGUUUUUUUUGUGUGGCCUUAAUGUGUAAUAUUAAGGAGUUUAUGGCUGUAUUUAAGAAAAGUCACUAUUAAACUUUUCUUGGCAGCACA